AUGCCCCUCGUCAUUCCCUCCUCACCCACUCUCAUACGCUCUCUUCCCCUCUCACCCACUCUCUAUACGCUCUUAUUCCCUCUCACCCACUCUCAUACGCUCUCAUUCCCUCUCACCCACUCUCAUACGCUCUCAUUCCUCUCACCCACUCUCAUACGCUCUCAUUCCCUCUCACCCACUCUCAUACGCUCUCAUUCCCUCUCACCCACUCUCAUACGCUCUCAUUCCAUCUCACCCACUCUCCUACGCUUCAUUCUCUCACCCACUCUCAUACGCUCUCAUUCCCUCUCACCCACUCUCAUACGCUCUCAAUCCCUCUCACACACUCUCAUACGCUCUCAUUCCCUCCCUCUACCCACUCUCAUACCCUCGUCAUUCCCUCUCACCCACUCUCAUACCUCUUCCCUCUCACCCACUCUCUUACGCUUCUCAUUCCCUCUCACCCACUCGCAUACACUCUCAUUCCCUCUCACCCACUCUCAUACGCUUCUCAUUCCCUCUCACCCACUCUCAUACACUCUCAUUCCCUCUCACCCACUCUCAUAUGCUCUCAUUCCCUCUCACCCACUCUCAUACGCUCUCAUUCCCUCUCACCCACUCUCAUACGCUCUCAUUCCCUCUGACCCACUCUCUUACGCUCUCAUUCCCUCUCACCCACUCUCAUACGCUCUCAUUCCCUCCCACCAACAGUCAUACGCCCUCAUUCCCUCUCACCCACUCUCAUAUCCUCUCAUUCCCCUCUCACCCACUCUCUUACGCUCUCAUUCCCUCUCACCCACUCUCAUACACUCUCAUUCCUCUAACCCACUCUCAUACGCUCUUAUUCCCUCUCACCCCUCUCAUACGCUCUCAUUCCUCUUGCCCACUCUCAUACGCUCUCAUUCCCUCUCACCCACUCUCAUACGCUCUCAUUCCCUCUCACCCACUCUCAUACGCUCUCAUUCCCUCUCACCCACACUCAUACGCUCUCAUUCCCUCUCACCCACUCUCAAACGCUCUCAUUGCCUCUAA